AUGGCGCUCGCACCUACUCGCUCCCGCAAACAGCGCAGCUAUAGCUCAGUUGCAGCUGUCUGGACACCUGAGGAAGACGAACUCCUAACAAAUCUUGUUUCGAAAAGUACUAAUAUCAAGUGGACUGAAAUUGCAAAGAGUUUUCCUAAUAAAACAGCACCACAGGUAUCAGGUAGAUGGAUUAAAGCAUUAAAACCUGAUUUAGUUAAAGGAUCUUGGACUCGAGAAGAAGAUGAAAAGAUCUUUGAGUUUAUUAGAGAACACGGUGAUAGAGAUUGGUCUAAACUAGCUGCAUUACUACCAGGUAGAAUUGGAAAACAAUGCAGAGAAAGAUGGAUCAAUCAUCUUAAUCCGGCAAUCAAACAUGCAAGCUGGACGGAAGAGGAAGAUAAUCUUCUGAUAACCCUUCAUGAACAGUUUGGCAACUCAUGGGCCAAAAUUGCAAAAUAUUUUAACGGACGAACAGAUAAUUGCGUUAAAAACAGAUGGAAUAGUACACUUAAGCGUAGGCUUGAGAGAAUGGCCCGUGGAGAGCCAGCCCUUAAGAAACGCGGUAGAAAACCAAAGAAUGCUCAACAGACUGAUAUCUGCAUGGAUAUCCCAUCACCUGCCAGUGCUGGUCUUACAUUACCUCCUGGACAGGAAAUAAUGCCGCUUUCAAUACCACUUUUAAGCGUAUUGCCACCACUCAUGCAGAAGAAUCCUCACCCAACUACUCUCGCUGAGAAUAGAUUGUCUUUGAAGCAACUUUUAAACUAUCCGGAAUAA